CAUCCGCCCCGCGCCAAGAUGGCGGCGCCCAGGCCGUGCCACGCAGACUUCCGCCCGGCGCGGAGACCUAAGGCUGGCAGCGGAUCGCGUCGCAGGUGAAGUGGUGACGCGCGGUGUGGAGCCGCGGCCCGGGCAACAUGUCGGAAGGAAACGCCGCCGGCGAGCCAAGCACUCCGGGAGGGCCCCGACCCCUCCUGACUGGGGCCCGGGGGCUCAUCGGGCGGCGGCCGGCGCCCCCCCUCACCCCCGGCCGCCUUCCCUCCAUCCGUUCCAGGGACCUAACCCUCGGGGGAGUCAAGAAGAAAACCUUCACCCCAAAUAUCAUCAGUCGGAAGAUCAAGGAAGAGCCCAAGGAAGAAGUAACUGUCAAGAAGGAGAAGCGUGAAAGGGACAGAGACCGACAGCGAGAGGGGCAUGGACGAGGACGAGGCCGCCCAGAAGUGAUCCAGUCUCACUCCAUCUUUGAGCAGGGCCCAGCCGAAAUGAUGAAGAAAAAAGGGAACUGGGAUAAGACAGUGGAUGUAUCAGACAUGGGACCUUCUCAUAUCAUCAACAUCAAAAAAGAGAAGAGAGAGACAGACGAAGAAACUAAACAGAUCUUGCGCAUGCUGGAGAAGGACGAUUUCCUCGAUGACCCCGGGCUGAGGAACGACACUCGAAAUAUGCCUGUGCAGCUGCCGCUGGCUCACUCGGGGUGGCUUUUUAAGGAAGAAAAUGACGAACCAGAUGUUAAACCUUGGCUGACUGGCCCCAAGGAAGAGGACAUGGAGGUGGACGUAGCUGCUGUGAAAGUGAAAGAGGAGCCACGAGAUGAGGAAGAGGCCAAGGUGAAGGCUCCUCCCAAAGCAGCCAGGAAGACCCCAGGCCUCCCAAAGGACGUAUCCGUGGCAGAGCUGCUCAGGGAGCUGAGCCUCACCAAGGAGGAGGAACUGCUGUUUCUGCAACUGCCGGACACCCUCCCUGGCCAGCCGCCCACCCAGGACAUCAAGCCCAUCAAGACAGAGGUGCAGGGUGAGGAUGGACAGAUGGUGCUCAUCAAGCAGGAGAAAGACCGGGAAGCCAAGCUGGCAGAGAAUGCUUGUACCUUGGCUGACCUGACAGAGGGUCAGGUUGGCAAGCUACUCAUCCGCAAGUCUGGAAGGGUGCAACUCCUCCUGGGCAAGGUGACUCUGGACGUGACCAUGGGAACAGCCUGCUCCUUCUUGCAGGAGCUGGUGUCCGUGGGCCUUGGAGACAGUAGGACAGGGGAGAUGACAGUCCUGGGACACGUGAAGCACAAACUUGUAUGUUCCCCCGAUUUUGAAUCCCUCUUGGAUCACAAACACCGGUAAAAUGAGCAGAUGGAGGAGGACGGUGCCUGUGCCCAUGGCUGCUGCCUGCUCCAGACAUUUUAUUCUUGAAUCUGUGAGACCCAGAAGGGGCCCACUGAGCCCACCCACUCCAGCCUUUGGCAGCCAUUGUCCCAGGUCCCCCAGGGCUUCCUCUCAUAGCAGCUGUGAAUGGCACAGUGAACCUUCCUGCAGCAUGGAGAUGGCACAUCCUUGCUGCUGGGGACUUGGCCCUAUUUAUUUUUGUAUUUAUGUCUUAAUCUCAUCCAUUGAUGCAUCCUCCCAAGGUAGGUGGGGAGGGUCUGUGGGUAGGGGCUGGCUUCUCUUGGUGCCUGCUGGGCCGCCGGGGCAGGAAGCGUGAGGACUGCAGCUUCUAUUGGUGCUCCCUCCUUCCUCCUGGAGGCAGCAUAGGAGAGAGAGCAAGGAUUGAGUCUGAGACUUAAGCUCUCGGUCCAAGCUGGCCAGUUCCUGGUUCUGUGUCCUUGGACAAACUACCUAACCUUUCUGAGCCUCCUAUUCCUCAUCCGACACAAAUGGGGAUGAUACCUACCUCCCAGGCGUGAGGAUUCAUGGGCUGUUGUAGAUGAAAACUGCACAAGGCCACAACCAGCAGGCACUCAAUAAAUACUCAUGUCCUUUUUCUCUACCUGAGUCUAUUUUCAAACAAAAUAGAGAUUUCAAGUCUCCCAGAAGCAGUGACUAGAGCUCUCCGGUCCCCACUCUUGCCCCUUCCUGUUUUAUAUCCUGUCCUCACCCUGGGCCUGAUGCCCUAAAUUUAUGGUGUCAGGCUGUUCUAUGACUUUUUCUCCUGGCUCGUCUUAGCCAGGUGCCUCCUAUGUGAGUUACUGUAAUCGCUGCAGGUAAUAGAAGGGAAGAAGUCAGAGACUCCUCCCAGCACCAUGCAAAAGCCUUUGGGGGACAUGUUGGGCCCAGGACAUGUUCCCUGUACUCUUUCCUUUGCAGUUAUUACUCAUGUAUGAGCUGGAGUCAUAUAUUGCUAACAACAAAACUAAACCCUUGGUAAGAGAAGUUAGGGAGGUAUUGAAUAAUGGCCUCUUUGACACUUGGCUGACGAUGCCCACUUCAAAAACUUUGGGUUUCAGAGGCCGGCCUCUGUCUCCUGUCCUAGCACUGCCAGAGCCACCUACUCAGUGUUACUUUUUUGGGUCUGUGAUCCUGUUCCCUUUACCAGGUCAUCGUACUGUGUUGUCCCUGGAGGAAUAGCUUCUCCUCUUGUCUUGACAGUAGGGCUGGUAUUUUCCCUGGUUCAGCUGGGGAGACAUUUGCAGGUUAGAAAAAGGUCUCAUGUGGCAGCGUGUGUGGCUGUUAGACACUGAUGGCACAGCUUCCCUUUGCUGGUGUCGUGGCACAUGGCCUCUGGGACAGUAUGAACCACAGGGGCCCAGGAAGAACCAUUUCCCCUCCACCCCCAUCCCUGAUUCCUAGUGGCCCCUUAGAUUUUGGGUACAUCUUCUUUCAGGCUCACCUUCCUUUUCAAAGUUCCUCAAGCCUGUAACUCAUUUGUCAAGGCUGGGCUUUUCCUACAAAGCCCUCAACCUGCCCAGCCAGCAGCUGUGAGGCUGACUGACUAUUUGGUGACCACAUCGCCUUUUCCGGUGCUGAAGCUCAUGUCAGCUCCGUUGGAUAGUGUUGUUCUGGGCUCUUCACAUUGUAGAGGACUGGAGCAGAAAGGGUUCCUUGGAAACCUGUGCUGGGAAGCCCUGUUUGGUCGAAGGCUAAGCUUUGGUUAGUUCUGGCUCCAGCCCUUUCUUCCUUUAAAUAGCUGAUGCACAGCCAGCAGGUCUCCAUUCUCAUCCUCUCUGUUCUGUUUUUUUGGUUCAGAAAUACUCUUCUGCUUUUUUUGGAUGAACUCAAUGGCCCGAUGUUAGGUAUUGGGUAUUUUUCAAUCUUCAGAUUUCUGACUCUUCCAGGAAAGUGUGAGGAAGAACAUGUACUGCUUUCACAUUCAUUUUGCCCCGUUCAGAUGUCUUGGCUUGAACCUUAUGACUCUGUAUCAAAGUCCGCACAACCUGUCUCUAGAUCCCUGAUGCACCAGUUAGGUCUCAUCAAUAAGUGUGGGAAAAGAGAGGAGAGUCCGCCUUCUUGGUCGGGCCUGUGAGGCAUGCAUUUCUACCAAGGAAUACAGACAAAUGACAGAGGAGAAGAGCCCAAAGCCAAAUUCAUACAUGAGUGCAAGUGGAUGCAAAUUUGCUGCUACCUGCAUCUGUGUAUACGCUUUCUGUGAAAUACAGAAAGAAGGAACAAUAGGCUUGCACACUUUUCUAACUACAUGAUUAAGUGGCAGAGUCCGGGCUAUCAAGUCACGGUUGGGUUUGAAUCUGACUCCACCAGUAACUUGGGUUGGAAAAAAAUCACUUAUCCUCUUUAAGCUUGAUUUAAUUUAUUUUAUUUUAUGUAAGAGUGAGACAGUAGUAGCUUAAUAAGGUUGCUUUUAAGUUAGAGUGAACAUGAGGCAUUUAUUCGGUGCCAGGCAGAUAAUUGCCUGUAAUGGGAUGUGAUCAGCACAAGUAACAGAAAAUUAGCCUGACGGUGGCCUAAGCAAUGGGAAUGUUUAUCUCAUGUAGCAAGAAGUCUGUAAAUAGAUAGUUCUAGAGUUGGGUGGAAGCCAAAACGUCAUCACAAUUUCCUCGGAACUGUUUGCUCUGCCAUCCUCACAGAAUGGCGGCUCCUGUGCCAAGCAUCAUUCUCCAAAUGACGUUGUCCACAGCCAGAGUGGACAGUAGUAAAGGAGCGUUCUUAUUCUGUCCUUAUCCGGGAAGAACCGUCAGCAGCUCCAGCAGCCUCACCCCUGUCUCUUUAUAGAGUGGGGCUGCGUGCCCACUCUUGGACCGGGCCCUGGCAAAGGGGGGGGAUGGAUCGACUAGUACAUCCCGUGUGCGUCCCCUGGCACUGAGCACACUUGCCCUUGAGCUGGGGUUUUGUUAGUAGGGAGGAAGCUGAAGUGGCAGUUGGAUAGACAAUUCAUAGUAGCUGCUGCCAUGUUCAAAAAAUACCACAAUGUAAAAUCAUUAAGUAUUCAUCUAGGCAUAGCUUUUUAAAAUGUUUAGUCACCUUUUAUUCUACUAAAAUCAAUUUUAACAUUUUAGUGUAUAUUACUUUAUUUUAGAUUUAGCAGGUACAUGUGCAUGUUAGUUUUGUUUUGUUUUGUUUUUUGAGAUGGAGUCUCACUCUGUCACCCAGUGGUGUGAUCUUGGCUCACUGCACCUCUGCCUCGCAGGUUCAAGUGAUCUUCCCGCCUCAGCCUCCCAAAUAGCCGGGAUUACAGGCGCGUGCUACCACACCCAGCUAAUUUUUGUAUUUUUAGUAGAGAUGGGGGUUUCAUCAUGUUGGCCAGGCUGAUCUCGAACUCCUCACCUCAAGUGAUCUACCUGCCUCAGCCUCCCAAGUGCUGGGAUUACAGGCAUGAGCCACCACGCCCAGCCACGUGUGCAUGUUUGUGUAUAUUGUGUACUGGUGGGGGUUGGGCUUCUGUCAUACCUAUCACCUAGAUAGUGAACAUUGUACUCAGGUAACUUUUCAACCCUUGCCCCCCUUCUACUCACCCCCUUUUGGAGUGCCCAGUGUUUGCUAUUUCCAUCUUUAUGUCCAUAGGUACCCAUUAUUUAGCUCCCACUUAUAAGUGAGAACAUGUGCUGUUUGAUUUUCUCUUUCUGAGUACACUUAGGAUAAUAACCUCAAGCUCCAUCCAUGUUGCUGCAAAGGACAUGAUUUCAUUAUAUUUUAUGACUGCUCAUGUAUAUUAUUUCAGCCUUCAAAUUUUUGUAUGUUAUUUAUAAUGAUAUAAAUUAUGUGGUUUUAUCAUGUA